UUAGAAAAAAACAAUCCCUCCAAUACCCAGACCACCAAAUUAUUCUUUCAUGUACUCUGAUUUCUCAUCCUUAUUAUAUGUGGUCUUUUAUUCAGGGCCUUAAAUUGGAAAAAAUUGGACUAACUGAUAUCAUACAGUUAGCCUAACUGAUGGACAGUAUAUUCCCCAGAAAUACAAAAGAUAGUUUCAAAGGGCUGUUAACCAUUCAAAUUACCCAGGAGGAUCCCUGUCCUGGAGGCAACUGUGGGAGGAGGGGCUGGGCCUACCAGGUGAGAGCAGGAGGGGAUGAGCGGGGCAGGGGAGCUGGGAGAUAUGGGGAGUGGGGACAGAUCUGUCAGUGUUCUCUCAGGAGCCCAGUUCUUUGCCUUCAUCAGCUGCUUUUCCUCCUUCAACUGCUUCAUUAACUUGAGUAGAAGUCUUGGGUCAGCUUUCAGGUUAGUUGUUGGCUGGUGUUUUCCCUGGGGAAAGCUGGGAGACUGGCUAGAAUCACUCCCAUUAGCAGUUGGCAGCUCCCCAAUCUGCUUUUUAACCUGGACUGUCUCAGCCCUGACAUCUGCUGGACCUGCUGUGAUGUUCACACAGGAGUGUGGGCUGUACCCACUGUUUAUUCCCCACCUUGCCCCCUGUGGGUGAGCCUUGCACCUGCUGCCAGAGCCGAAGCUCUCACAUUGUGAAGUCUGUGAAGACCAGCUCCAAGAAGCACUGUCCUAAUGAGAGCAGCUUUGCUCCCUGGCACUUACUGAACUGCAGAGCUGUGGGGAACAGAGCUCUGAAUGUGGCCUCAGGUAAGAGUCCAGUCCAGAAAACAUCAUUAGUGGCUUGUGCCAUGAGGAAAUGUUCCCUGGGAGGUUAAGAUAAGAGCUAAGUGGAAUUAUGAUAACACCAGCUGCCUUUAGUUGGGUACAUACUCUGUGCCAGGCACUAGGCUAAACCCUUUGAAUUCAUGACCUCUUUUAAUAACAGCCUAUUGGGAUAGAUAUUGGCCCUUUUUACAGUUGGAUAAUAUGAGGCCAGAGAGGGGAAAUGACCAGUUCAAAAUCACACAAGCUGAGCUGAGACCACUGACCCCAGAGCUCACGUUCUUACCACCUAGUAUCUCCUGUCUGGCAUGACUGGGCACAGAACUUCUUAAAGCUUAUGUGUCCCAGAGGCAGGGGGAAAUGGUGCAGGUUGGGGGCUCUAAGUCCCCUAUCUACCAUGGAUUAGUUGUAGAGAUGGACCUCCAAGAGACUGGAAAAAGCAGAUUUGACCCAAACUGACCCUUCUUCAGGAGGCAGAUUUCGGGGCGAGGGGUGGGCAAGCAGCCCCAAGGGUGCUACUGCAUCCUUUUCUCUGGCACUGUGUGGUGCGAGCCCCAGCAGCACAAGCUUUAAGAGCAAUGAAGCUAAGGCAGGGAAUUUGCAGGCUGAAGUAUGCGGAGAAGGAGGAUGGGGCAGACAAGCUUCCUGCCUUGCUCUGAUGUGGCUGGGAUAUUUGUGUUUUACAUGAGCCUCAGAUUUGUGUGCGUGUGCGUGCGCGCGUGUUCCAAAUGCUCUAGUUAUUGUUUUCUCCCCUAAACCUCUGAAGCCGAGACUGUGCCUGCUGCUUUCCUGAAUUGCUGAUGGGUCUCCAGCCCCAGUCAUGGAAUAGAUCCCAGGGGGUGAGUCAGAGUGUGCUGGAAGCUCAUAGCUGCUGGGCCAGGCCACAGUGGCAGAUCUAAAUAUUCACCAGCACCCUCUCCGAGCCUUUGUUUUUACCACAGUACCUGUAGCUCUACAGGUCCCCUUUUCUUCCUCUCUGCUAGAUACAUCUUUAUCAUUUCUAAUUCUCACUUUAAAGACCUCUGAGAAUACCCAAAGCCCCACUUGGCUGGGGUCACAUGAAUAAUUCUUUUACCUGCGCUCUCUUCCCAAGCGGUUAUAUUCAAAGAACCACUCCAGUCACUGGAAAAUGGGACCUCCCUGAGGGUCCAUCACUGAACCCAGGGCAGGACACAGGAAUAUGCAGAAAUUCAUGUCUGGGCUGCUGUUCCCGGUCCUUUUAAUCAGCAUGGCCGGAUUCCUCCAUUAGUUUUCAAGUGCCUGAAGGAGAGGCAGGCUGCCCAGGUGAAAGGGCGCUGGCCCCGGUGUAGAGGCCCCAGCUGCCCCUACUGUCCGCAGAAGUUGUGCUGACCAGGCGCAGAGGCCGGAACCUGUCGCCUGGGCCUGGUGCUCAGAGGCCUAAUCUAUACGGAGACCAAGGCCAUCCGGUUACUAACGCUUUACUAACGCUUCAGCAGUUCGGCUGGUGGGAUCGCUGAACGACUUCCCUAGGAAUCGUCUGCUCCGGUUAGGUCCUCCCAGUGCCAACUCCGCCCCGCUCCCGCGUUUCUCCCUCCUCCCCUCUCAUCCUCUAGGCCCCCCGCAGGGCUCCCCACCCCAACUCUCGCGCCUCAGCAACCCCUUCCCCUUUUUGUUCCUGCUGAUCCAGCGAGCCAGGCUUUCUCCUUCUCUGGUCUCUCUUCCUCCUCUCCCCCUUGAAUCCAGUCCUGGUUUCCCCGCCGCCAGCCUCCCCUUUCUCUCCUACUAGGCUAGCUCCCCGCCCCCGCCGCGCCCGUCGUCACCGCGGUGGUUUCAGCUCCUCGCUUACCCCGCUCCCAGCCACCCGGGGCUUGGCUCGCCCAGUCCGGUGGCUCCAGUCCGGAUCUCGCUGCUGCCCGACCCGGGUACGAGUACCAGCCGCUGGGGAGGAGGCGGCGGCUGGCCCCGGCUCCCCUCGGCCGCCUUGCCAGCCCGGGGUUGGCGGGGAGGGAGCAGCAGGGCAGCCCCCCCGGAGCCCCUCGGAGGACAAUGCACCCAGCGCUCGGCAACCCCCGCUCGGUCUCGUCCUCGUCCGGCUCCUUCCCACCGCCCCCUGCCGCUGCCCGGCUGCAGCCCCUCUUCCUCCGGGGGGGUUCCUCCCGCGGCCGGAGAGGCUCGGGCGACAGCAGCACCAGCACCAGCACCAGCCGGGGGGGAGGCGGCGGCAGACGCGGCGGGGGCGGCGGCGGCGGCGGCUCCCCCAGUAGCAGCACCGGCGCCGAGAGAGAGGACGACGACGAGAGCAUCAGCAUCAGCAAGCCGCUGGUGCCAGCCGGCCUCCCGGGACCCCCAGCUCAGGGGGGCGCCCCAGCCACCGACCCCGCGCCCGCCGCCUUCUCCUCCUCGGCCGCCACCUCCUCCUCCACCUCCACGCCCACCUCCUCCUGCAGCAUGACAACCGCGGACUUCGGCGGGGGCGCUGCGGCGGGGGCCGUCGGGGGCCCCGGGAGCCGCUCGGCCGGGGGCGCGGGCGGUACGGGGACCGGCAGCGGCACCUCCUGCUGUUCGUGUUGUUGCUGCUGUGGCCGCCCUGCCCGCUCGGGUCGCAGGGGUCGGCGCCGAGGCUGCGCCCCCAGCCCGGGGUGCCGCUGGGGCUACCAGGCGCUGUCCGUGGUGCUGCUGCUGGCACAGGGAGGUCUGCUGGACCUGUACCUCAUCGCCGUCACCGACCUGUACUGGUGCUCCUGGAUCGCCACCGACUUGGUGGUGGUGGUGGGCUGGGCUAUUUUCUUCGCCAAGAACAGCCGGGGCCGUCGGGGCGGCGCGGCCAGCGGCGCGCACAACCACCACCAGCACCACCACCACGCCGCGCCGCCUCUACAUCUACCCGCCGCUUCGGCCGCCUCCGCCGGGGCUGCCGCAGGGGCCAAGGCGCGCGGCGCCCGCGGGGGCGCAGGUGGCCCGGGAGCAGGCCCGGGCGCUGCCGGGGCCGCGGGCGAGUUCGCCUUCGCCUACCUGGCCUGGCUCAUCUACUCCAUCGCCUUUACGCCCAAGGUGGUGCUAAUCCUCGGCACGUCCAUCCUGGACCUCAUCGAGCUGCGCGCGCCAUUCGGCACCACGGGCUUCCGCCUCACCAUGGCGCUGUCCGUGCCCCUGCUCUACAGCCUGGUGCGGGCCAUCAGCGAGGCGGGCGCCACCCCUGGCUCGGCGGGACCCCUGCUUCUGCAGCCCCAGCAGCACCGAGCCGCCGGCUGCUUCCUGGGCACGUGUCUGGACCUGCUCGACAGCUUCACCUUGGUGGAGCUGAUGCUGGAAGGCCGCGUGCCGCUACCCGCGCACCUGCGCUACCUGCUCAUCGCCGUCUACUUCCUCACCCUCUCCUCGCCGGUGCUCUGGCUCUAUGAGCUCAACGCCGCAGCGGCAGCCUCAUCCUGGGGCCAGGCUUCCGGGCCGGGCAGCUGUAGCCGCCUUCUGCGCCUGCUGGGCGGUUGCCUGGUGGACGUGCCCUUGCUGGCGCUGCGCUGCCUCCUGGUGGUGAGCUACCAGCAGCCCCUCUCCAUCUUCAUGCUCAAGAACCUCUUCUUCCUUGGCUGCCGUGGCCUGGAAGCCCUAGAGGGCUGUUGGGACCGGGGGAGUCGGGCCUCCCCGACUCGGGGGAGAGGGGCCUACGGCGCUCCGCCCUCCGCCCCGCCACCGCCACCGCCACCACCACCACCUCAGGGACCCUCCCAGCUGGGCCACUGCAUCUCGGAGAACGAGGGGGGUACCCAUGGCUAUGUCAAUACCCUGGCCGUGGCCUCCCAGAAUUGAGGAGGGAUAAGGGAGAGGGGCUUGCUUUGGGGUUGAGAGACCCCAGCCCCUUGUCCUUUGAUCGUCUUUCACCCAGAUUUGAUCAGGGUCUAUUUGGAAGACGGAACUGUUAAUAGGGCUAAGGGCCAGUGUGUCCUUCUGCACCCCUUGGGUCAAGACUGCUUGGAGGGAGACCAGCAGCUAAUGGUGAAGGAGGAAGGUCCACCUACUAUUCUAUUUCCCUUUCUCCAUGCCCUACCCUAAUCUAGCCUCCAGGGGCCAGAUACCUCUGCUUCUUGCUUUUCCCACCGCCAUCCUAAUUCUUGUCCAUUGUCGGGGAGAAUGGUGAAAAGGGCGUGCCCAGACAGGGGUGCUGGGCCUGAAGCCUUCCCCCUGGCUUGGAAGUGCCAGAUUCUUAUAGGCUGUGGUUGGUGAUCAUUGUCCCACGCCUUGAAACGGAUCCAGAAUCCACUGUUCCCCUGAUGUGUCUAUUGGAUUUUUUUCCAGAUGGUAGAUGCCAAGUCUGUGUUUGUCUGUGUGUAUAGUAUAGUUUUCUUGUUUCCACACUGUGGCCCCUUGCAAUCAGUAGGAGAUCUGGGGAGGCCCUGUCCUUCCCACCACACAUACGACCACCCUCCUCAUUCCUACCUGAAUUUGUGGCCGUGAAUUCCCAGAAAGAGCUGGGCUCCUGGGAGCUGCCCAGUUGCUCUCCUCCAAGGGAGACGCUCACCCAGGAUCUUCCUCAAUUCUACUCCUCUCUUCUCAGCUUGUGGGAGGAGAGGGUCCAUACCCUAAGGACAAAACUGCACCCUUUCUUGGGUGAGUGAGCAUUUCUACCUCCGUGCUUUCAACUUUUGUUGCAUCAUGCACUGAUGCUGCUUGCAAAAAAAUAAAGGCAAAAUACUCAGAAGUUGCAUUUAACAUGGCCACUGGAUCCAGCUGGGGUUUGGUGCCAGUCUUAUUACAGGGUCUGUGGAGUAUCAGCCAUUGGCUUGCCCUCCCACUCUCUCUCCCUCUGCACCCAGAACUCUUAUCCUUCCCGACGUUUGUUGCUAACUGGGUCAGAUCUUGGCUUAGAACAACAGCCUUGGUGGGGUUCCUGAAAUGAUGUGAAGCUGGGGCUGCCAUUGGCUCAAGGAAAUCCAAUUCCACAUCUGUCCUUCCUCUGGGAAGGCUGGUGUGGUUCAGAAAAGGUGGUGAUGACCUUUGUCCUCUCCUCUGGUAAAGAGAAUUUCUAAGGAGAAGGCAGUCUGCAGAGGAAGUCUGGGUAAAUCCUCCCCCUGCCCUGCCUUCCUCUCUGGCAUUCUUGUUGAGAUUAAUGACAAGGGACACCCAGCGGUUGCCCACUUAUGGUCUCGAUGUGGGACAUCUCUCUUGGAAUUUUUGAGGGUGGAUAAGUAUUUUUCGGGGAGGUAAGAGUGUAGGAGGACUGUUGGCAGCAAGGCCAGGAAAUACUCACUGUCCUCCACCCCAGAAUAGGAUGGGGUGGGGGCAAAACUGUAAGAAUUUUUGUUUCCCCUCCCCCACCCCCUCGUAUGUUUUGUGGGUGUAAUACACUCUGGGCAAAGGACCAGAAGUCAUGAUUGUAGUUUUGACUGUCCCUCACUCGCUUUGAUGGCACAUUGCUUUUGCUUUCUGAGUCUCAGUGUUUUACUUGGAGCUCUUUUCUCCCAACUUCUUGGGGGUUUGUUGACAGAGACACAGAGGGACUGAUGUCUUGACCAGAGUCCUUCUGAGCCUCCCCUACUGUCACAGUGGGGAAUGAUGGAGGAAACAUGUUUACACUCAAUGUAUUAAUCUAUGCUCCCAGCCCCUUGCCCUCCGAGGUCCAAUAUUAUUAGUGGGUUGGAUUUUGCAACUAGUCUUUUUUUUCUGUCUCCCCACUCCCCCUUCUCCCCCCACCAUAGUCUUUCCCUUAGAAUUCCGUGUGCUCAAAGUCCUGGGCCCAGACUCUUCCCUGGGUCUCCAUCUCCUCUCUCCAGCUUUGCUCUCUCUGCUACCUAAUCUCAGUGGCUGUGAAUGGACUUUGUGUCUGAGCCAUGGCCAGCCCCUGGCUGGCCCCUGCCCCACUCCCUUUCUCCUGUUUGGAUGCUGGUCUCCCCCGCUGAGUGACUGACUAUAAAAUCUGAGUGCUGUUGAGUUUUCUGGUGGGAGGCUGUGAUAGGUUCCAAUGAGCUACCACUUCCCUAGGUACGCUGAGAGACUGAUGGCAACCCGGCCAGCUCUGGCAGAGGCUGGUCCUGCUCAGGCUCUGUCUGCCGGCCCCCCACUCACCCUUGGACAUUCUCUUUCAAACAUCUGGUGCGAGCACUUUGCGCUCAGGGGUCAAUCCCUUCCUUCCGGUGUUUUUCAUGAGUGCUUUUACUUUCUUUCCUUGCCCUACUCACAGUGAGACAUGACCCCGAUUUUUCCUUGCUUUCUAGGAGCAUCUGUAGUGGGGGGUGAAACUGGAGAUGUGUCCCCGGGGAGGUGCACUGUCUCCUGAGGCUCACGCCAGAAGUAUGGUUCACAGAAAAGUACCCUGGGUACAGAAUUCAGACCGUCUGCCUCUAAUGUGUGUGCCAGUAAGGCGUGCCCUUGACCUGAGCCUCUGACUCUACAGAUUGUAAAAGGGGGCUGGACCGGCCUCUCUCUAAAGGCUGUUCUGAUAUAACCUGGCCUGGUUCUGAGUCCAUGUGUUUUUGGGGGAAGAGAGCUGGCUGGAAGUUAGAGCCUGGAAGAAGGGAAGUUGCACCUCACUAGCGUUGAGCACGUUCCCCCUCCCCCCUUUUUCUUUUUAAAAAUAAAACCAGCC